AAAUUAAAAAGUCGAAAUCAAAGGAUCCUAACCUAUAAAAAUUGUUGAAGCUCAUCUUUCGGUAUUCCAACUUAAUUUUUGCAAUUAAAUCUGAUAAAUCUUGUUUGUUAAAAGUUUAAUUCAGAUUAUAAUUUUAAUAUUGAUGAAGAAAUAGGCUACUGGGAUAAUUUAGGUAGUAUUACCUCAGAAUGCACAUAGCCAUACAGUAAAGCCGUUCUUUAUCUUCAAAGGAAUAUCAGAAAUAUUUCAUCUCAAGUUUGAACGUGAAAUUCCAAUUUCGAACAUGUCUACCGAACAGUCAACCGAGGGUUCGGCCAACAACAACAACCCCCUCGAACAAUUCGUGCAAUUGGCCAAAUCGGCCAGAGGGGCAGCCGCUGUGGAACUCAUAAAGCAAGUCAUAGCUGCUCCCGGCGUCUAUGUUUUCGGAGAGCUGCUAACCAUGCCAAGAAUCAAAGAGCUCGAAACGGGUUCAACAGUGAACUACUAUAAUACAUUAUCGCUGUUCGCCUACGGUACGUACAGAAUGUAUUUGGAUAACAAGGCUCAAUUCAUUGAUUUGGGACCUAUUGAGUCAAGAAAACUGCAACAUCUCACUAUUGUAACCCUGGCUACUGAACUAAAGUGCAUUCCUUACUCGAUUCUUCUAAAGGAUUUGGACAUCAAAAACGUUAGAGAUCUUGAGGACUUGAUAAUAGAGGCUAUCUAUGCUGACAUAAUUCACGGCAAACUGGACCAGAAAAACAGCCAGCUGGAGGUGGACUACGCUAUAGGCCGAGACACACAGCCGUCUCAGUUGGGAUCUGUGAUUGGGACUCUACAGGAAUGGUGUGACAGCUGUGAGGCCAUACUUGCAUGUGUUGAGACCCAGAUUAAUCGGGCCAAUGCUGAGAAGAAUCGGGCACUCAAACAUAAGGAGGAGAUCGAGCAGGAGGUUAUCAAUAUCAAGAAGGCGCUGAAAACUCAGACACACGACACAGACGAGGCAAUGUCGACUGACGCCAUCACAAUAGGCAGCAGUGAUAAGUCUUCUAAGAAAACUGGAAAAACCAAACCAAUGAGGACCGGCACCAAAUUUUGGCAAAAAUAAUCGCAAAACCAAGUUUCGAGACUUUGGAGUCGAUAUCGGUUAUAACGAUACUGGUGGGCGAUAUUUUGGAUAUCGAUAUAGGUGAUCGAUACUUUCAACAUCGAUACUGGUAGUCGAUAUUUUGGAUAUCGAUAUAUGUGAUCGAUACUUUCAACAUCGAUACUGGUAGUCGAUACUUUGUAUAUCGAUAGUGGUGUUCGAUACUUGGAUAUUCGGUACUUGAGAUUUUUUUUUAUUGAUUUGUUAAAAAUUUGAUGGUGUUGGGAUCAGUAUUGUCUAGUUUUCUACUUGUAAAACUGGAGGACAUUUGAGGAAAUUAUUUCAAAAAAUUAUUCUCAAGAUCUCAAGUUGAAUUGUCUUAUUUUAUUAGAUCUUGGCAAUAAAUUACUAACUAGGGCCCGGUUGCACCAAAGCCGGUCAAACUUUAACCAUGAUUAACUUCACGAGAACCAAUCAGAGAAGGCUUUUUUGAAAAGACAGCUCCUCUGAUUGUUUCUCGUGGAACUAAUCACGGUUAAAAUUUAACCCGCUUUUGUGCAACCGGCACCUUAUCAAUAAAUUGCUACUACUGUCCACCGCUCGUAACUUGGUCUCUGGAAGGAAUGCAGUCGAUCUAGUUUUAGGCGUGACAUAUGGCACUGGAGAGCCAGGUAGCGAGUACACAAACGCUGUGGUCUAUUUUGUCUUCGCCAAAUGUAAUUGAGCAAUUUCCAUCCCAGCGAUCUAUAAGUAAAAUUACAUCAUAACGUUUUUAGUCGUUACAUAAAAUAAUAGAAUUUAAGAUGAAUAACUAAGUUAAUGAAAAAAUAACACAACAUUUCGACGUUUACUCCGGUCAGCUGCGGGAACAAAACUGAAAGCUGAUGGUAAAUAGCUUUAUUAGUGAGCACGGUUUGUAGUCACACUACCGAUUCGUCAACAAGAUGGCGCCACUCGUUCAUUUCCCCCCUACGCCCUUCGACCAUUAAUAUAAUUAUAAUAUAUAGUAUAAUUAUAAUAUAAUUAUAUUAAUGGUCGAAGCCUACGCCAUAGACCUCAGAAGCCAAGUUACGAGCGGUGGACAGUAACAACUGUUCCCAGUGAAAUCGAUAAAAGUAUUCGAUAUUUCUUGUGUCGAUGUCCUAAAUUCGAUAUUCAAAAUGUUGAUACCAGUAUGCAAUAUCGUCGAUAUCAGUGAAAAGUCAAGACUUUCUAAACUGUAAGGUAAUUAAAUUCGAUAUUUCUUGUGUUGAUGUCCUAAAUUCGAUAUUCAAAAUGUUGAUACCAGUAUGCAAUAUCGUCGAUAUCAGUGAAAAGUCAAGACUUUCUAAACUUUAAGGUAAUUAAAUAAUUUUCUAAUUAAGUUGUUUCUGUGCUUACUGUAAUUGAAUUUCUAAUCUGUAUUUAGUUUGUAAUAUUGAUGAAAGAUUAUAUGAUUAAUUGAUGGUAA